AUGUACCCCAUAAUUUUAUGGAGCAAAAUAAGUUGUUUGCCUGUUUCAGCAAUUCGAAACAUCUGCAAGCCCCCAACUAACACAGCAUAUAUAGUAAGAACGAGCAAUAGCACGAAAGAAAAGAUCAUUAAAAUAGUCAAUUGCAUUUUCAUUUUCUUCCUCUUGCUUCAAUAUCAAUUCUUCUCACUGGGUUCUGCAGAUGUUGUUACAGUACCUCCAUUUAUAAUAAGUAAAAAAUCUAUUUUGAAAUAUUUAUCCUUAGAGAACAUCAACUUUGAUGUGCCAGCUUUAUACGUAUUUGGAGACUCUUAUGUUGAUGCGGGAAAUAAUAAUUAUGUUCAUGUCCCGCAAAUUGAAAGAAAUUAUACUCCAUAUGGAAUAGAUUUUGGUGGAAAACCUACGGGUCGUUACACCAACGGAAGAACAGUAGCGGAUUUCAUUGCUCAAAUUGUUGGCUUGCCAUUCCCUCCUCCUGUGCUAAGCUUGUCUAAGGGAGAUAAGAGAAUUCCUCAAACUGGUAUAAAUUAUGCUUGCGGUUCACUGGCAUCCUUGAAAAUUUUGGAAAACUGUUUGACGAAUGCCAAGCUUGAGGAGCAAUGUUGCUAUGACUUGGAUAUCGAUGGGAUGGGACUGCGCUAUUUCUAUGAUUAG